UGGACGACAAAUUUGAAGAUAGAGAAUUUUGGGAUAGGUCUGAAACAAAAUUAAAAUCACAACAGUCAUCAUCAAUAGCCGCUUAUCACUUAAAACUGUGGAUAGGAAGUGUAAAGAAUUUAAAGCAAAACAUUUCUGACAAUAAAACUGCGAUAUUUGGACAAAAAGUUGUGGCAUACGUUGACGUCCUUGGGACCGUGAUCGACAAAUUGUCAUCCGGAAAAGCUGACGUCUAUGUUUUGGAUGAUGGUUCUGGUGUCAUCUCGUGUCAUGUAAUAAAAAACACUGCCGAACUUGAAAGAAUUGAAGAACUUAGAGCGUCACUUAAAAAUGAUUCUUCUAUUAUGCUAAUUUGUAAUCAAGAGGAUGAUGGUUUAGAAAAUCUGCUUACCAUAUUGGAAAAAGAAAAGAGUGAAUAUACAAUAGGGGACACAUUACAUGUGCAAGGAAAAUUAAGUUUCUACAAGGAAGAGUGGAAAAUUUUUGCCAAUACUAUACGUGCUGUGGAAUUUGAAGAAGAAAACCAUAGAUGUAUUGAACUUGAUCACUUGUACAAAAAUAUUUAUUUAAAAAAUGAGUUGUGAAUCAGCGAGUACCGUAAAAAGCAUUCGAGAAGAUAAUCGCCUACAAUUUGGCAGGAUACGAAGAGAAAAACGCUUUCAAGUAACGACAAUACAACGGAGCGGGCUCGAACAAUUGCAGCCCCGUACGUAUUCGCCGUCAAGUCUCCAUUCGAUGGCUACUACGUUGAGGAAAAAAAAAGAUGUUAACAAAGAAUUUCUCGCCGAACUCAGUCAGGCGUUAAUGGAAAAGGAGCAAAACGCAAUCAUAUUCUGUGGCAUUGAUGGGUCUAUUCAAGGCCUUUGCACUUUUUUAACUGGUGGUGAUUCGGGCUUACAAUUAGAAGCUGCUUAUUGCAUUGCCAAUGCGGCUGCUUGGGAGGAUGAAAAUAAAACUGUGAGCCAACUGUCGUCUGCUGCUGGCGCUUACUUGAUUACUUUGCUCGGCUGCGGAAAUUCUUCCUUACAAGAAGCUUGUUGCUGGGCUCUGGGAAAUAUGUUACCACAGGGCAAGAACAUUCUGUGUUCACAAGGCUUCGUGGACAAGGUGUUGACUUUGCUUGAUUCGCCACAUGAAAACGUUCGCACUUCUGCAGUACAGUGUCUAGUUCAAUUGGUAUCAACAAGUUCAUUGCUGGAUACCGAUUUGAUUAAAAUUUCAACGCAAAUCGAAAAACUUCACCAUUCAAAUGAUGUGGAUGUGCAAUCACUAUGCUGGUUGAAUUACUUGCUCUCAUUCUUCCCUUGCUGUGAUACCACGGUAUUAGUUAGUAGUGUGAUAUUUUGGUCUCUUUGCCAACUUCGCCAACAAUUGUUACAAGAAAGAGAAGUCUCUAUCUUGAUUCCCAUCAUUCGCUUUCUGGGAAAUGUCAGUGCUGCCAGUAGUGAUUACGUCAUUAUUUUAUUGAACGAAAAGGACUUUUGUUCGAUAAUUUUACAGCUACUGAAUUCUUCCUACGAGCCGAUUUGUAAAGAAACAUUAUUACUCGUUGCGAAUAUCGUCAACAAUCCUAGUAGCAUAGUUCAUUCAAUUAUGGCUAAUUUAAAAUUUAAAGAAACACUUGAGAAAAGUGUGUGUAACGUAUCAGCCAUUUCCUGAUUAUGAUGUUAAUAAAUG